AUGAUCUUCUCUUCGUUCAUACCCACGCGCUGGCGGCGGAACUACGACACCACCGAUCCGAACAGACCAGGCUUCUACAACCGACAAGUCACCCCAUAUCUACAAGCGGUAUCAGAGAAGGCAUGCACGCAUCCGGUAUACACCCUCGCGUGUGUGGUCAUACUGGGGAGUGGCUUCUACGCGCAUUUGCUGGAGACGGGCUUCUUCCAGCCUUCGCCAGGAGCAGGGAAUAAGGUGGACUUUAAUGCGCUCGCAGCAGGGAGCAGGCAGUUACAUGUUGGGCCGGAGACGGCGUGGAAAUGGCAAUUGGCAGAGAACGGGCAGGCGAGGAGGUUGAAUAAAGGGGAAGAUGACCUCUCGCUGGUUACACUGGCGUUCGUGGACUCCAGUGCGAAUGCUGCGCCAGAUGCGGCGCCGAAAUCGAAGGAUGUGCCAUUGCCAGAGGGCAGUUCUGCGGAGCUCGUUCCCUCGAGCGCCCACAACAUCCUCGCGCCGCUGUCCUCGGAGUCCACAUUGGCAUACUCGAUGCCCUACAGCGAGUCUGCUCGCUUCUUCGAUAGCGUCAAGGAUAUCCCGGCCACCUCAUCCAACGCAGCAGAGAGCGACGACGGCUCAGACGACGAGACAGAGCAGAAACGCUGGAUGAUGAAGAACGCCAAGAAGACCUCUGGAUCCACCGGCAUGUUCUCAUGGUUCGAGAACUCCUGGGCCUCGUUCAUGGAUCUGAUCAAGAAUGCUGAGACUCUCGACAUCAUCAUCAUGUCGCUCGGCUACUUUUCAAUGUACUUGACGUUCAUCUCGCUGUUCGUCAGUAUGCGCAGGCUGGGCUCGAACUUCUGGCUUGGCACGACUGUCAUGUUCUCCUCGGCGUUCGCUUUUCUGUUUGGCAUUGUGGUCACGCUGCAGCUUGGAGUGCCGGAGAAUGUGGUGUUGCUAUCUGAGGGUGUGCCGUUCUUGGUGGUCACGGUUGGAUUCGAGAAGCCGAUCGUCUUGACGCAGGCUGUGCUUUCAGCAUCGCUUCGGGCGAAGAAUGGCGAUGCGCCACUUACUAUCCAGAACGCCGUACAGCAGGCAGUUCGGGAGCGUGGAUUUGAGAUUGUGCGAGACUACGCUAUUGAGAUCCUGAUCCUGGUCGCUGGAGCUGCGUCUGGCAUCCAGGGAGGACUUCGACAGUUCUGCUUCUUGGCAGCAUGGACCCUUUUCUUCGACUGCAUCUUGUUGUUCACGUUCUACACCUCGAUUCUUACUAUCAAGCUCGAGAUCAACCGCAUCAAGCGCCAUGUCGCUCUCCGGAAGGCACUCGAGGAGGAUGGCGUGAGCCGCCGAGUCGCAGAAACCGUCGCAUCCAGCAACGACUGGCCCAAGGGCGACAUCAUCUCCGAAAAAGGCGACUGGAGCAUCUUCGGCAAGAAGGUCAAGGACAGCAGCAUCCCGCGCUUCAAGGUGCUGAUGGUGUCUGGCUUCAUUCUCAUCAACGUGCUGAACCUCUGCUCAAUGCCAUUCCGCGGUACUAAGAACAGCGCGCCAGUGGCUACGGCAGGGCUUUCGAGCGUUGUUACGCCACCGCCAAUGGACCCUUUCAAGGUUGCUAGCAGUGGACUGGACUUUUUGCUGAGCCAGGCGAAGAAGAGCGAUCAGCCGAUCAGCGUUACGGUGUUCAACCCGAUCAAAUACGAGCUGCAGUACCCAUCUGUGCACUAUAGUGCAGUGCAGGAGUCGGAAUGGUCGUUGCUCAAUAGCGAUUACACUGACCGCUUGAUAUUCUCUGCUGUGGGUGGCAGGGUCGUCGAAAGCCUGCUAAAGAGCUUUGAAGAUCCUGUGCUCAGCAAGUGGGUUAUCAUUGCUCUGGCGAUGAGCUUGGUUCUGAACGGGUACCUCUUUAAUGCUGCGAGAUGGACGAUUAAGGAGCCGGAGCCAGAGCAGACUCAAAACGGCACGAUUAAUAAGGAACAGGAGAGCAAGCAGGUUGAGGCUCCGCUCAAUGGCCACGCUAUCGCACCAAAGCUCCAGAUUAAUGGCGACCGACCCGCGACACCUGAUGUGCCGAUGACAGCCACUUCGCCUUCUGAUGGUCGUAAGCGCUCAAGAGAGGAGUGCGAGGAGAUGGUUAAGAACAAGCAGGCGCCAGUCUUGGAGGAUGAUGAGCUCAUCGACCUGUCUCUACGCGGCAAGAUUCCUGGCUAUGCCCUGGAGAAGACGCUUGAGGAUAAGACAAGAGCUGUCAAAGUCCGAAGAGCUGUUAUCUCGCGUACGCCUGCAACGACUGAGCUCACGUCGAAACUGGAAAAGUCGAAGCUGCCAUACGAGAACUUCGACUACGACCGCGUGCAUGGGGCUUGCUGUGAGAACGUCAUUGGGUACCUGCCCCUGCCUCUUGGUGUUGCUGGACCUAUGACUAUUGACGGACAAAGCUAUUUCCUGCCCAUGGCCACGACUGAGGGUGUGCUCGUUGCAAGCACGAGCCGUGGUGCAAAGGCUAUCAACGCCGGUGGGGGAGCUGUUACCGUUCUCACUGGCGAUGGCAUGACCCGAGGACCUUGCAUUGGUUUCGAAACGCUUGCGCGAGCUGCAGCAGCCAAGGUAUGGCUCGACAGUCCAGAAGGCCAGAAGACGAUGAAGGAUGCUUUUAAUUCGACAUCUCGAUUCGCUCGUCUGCAACAACUCAAGGCUGCGAUUGCGGGCACGUACGUCUAUGUGCGCUUCAAGACGACGACCGGCGAUGCCAUGGGCAUGAACAUGAUCUCGAAGGGUGUGGAGCACUCGCUAAAAAUCAUGCGUGAGGAGGCUGGCUUCGAGGACAUGGCCAUCAUCACUGUGUCUGGCAAUUACUGCACGGACAAGAAACCCGCGGCAAUCAACUGGAUUGAUGGCAGAGGCAAGAGCGUGGUCGCAGAAGCCAUCAUUCCCGCGGAUGUCGUCAGAACGGUGCUAAAGAGCGACGUUAAUGCCCUCGUCGAGCUGAACAUCUCCAAAAACCUCAUCGGCAGCGCCAUGGCCGGCAGCAUUGGAGGCUUCAAUGCCCACGCCGCCAAUAUCGUCACCGCCAUCUUCCUGGCUACUGGUCAAGACCCAGCACAAAACGUUGAGAGCAGCAACUGCAUCACAGUAAUGAAGAAUCUAAACGGCAACCUCCAAAUCUCCGUCUCCAUGCCCAGCAUCGAAGUCGGCACCAUCGGCGGCGGCACCGUCCUGGAACCGCAAGCCGCCAUGCUCGACCUCCUCGGCGUCCGCGGCGCCCACGCCACCAACCCGGGCGACAACGCACGGCAACUCGCCCGUAUAGUCGCUGCCGGCGUAUUGGCGGGGGAGUUGUCGCUGUGCUCGGCGCUGGCGGCGGGGCAUCUGGUGCAGGCGCACAUGAGCCAUAAUCGCUCUGCAGCGCCUUCAGCCGCGCCGACUAGGAGUGGGAGUCCGGCGCAGGGGGCUAGGGCGGCGCCGGUGGGUUUGGCGAUGACCAGUGUUGUUGAGAAGGCUGGGAGGGGCAGGUGA